AUGGAGCAGAAAGACCAAGUGCGAGACUACAUCGAGUAUGAAGAAGUUGGAGUUCCAUCGCAUAUACGGCGUACGAAACGACCGUCGUGCGUGGAGCGCCCAAGCAAAUUCAGUAUCCUGAUGAUGGUUCUAUUUAUUCUUGCUGGUGUUGCGAAUAUAGGCGCCUGGCUUUGGAUUACUCGUGGCCAUCGAGAUGCGCUGGACGAGAAGUGGAAUCAUUGUGGACGGUCAAGUGAAGAGGCCAUGCAACGCGGUUGUGUCAUGGAGCCAUUAUUCUACGGCUGGAUGCCCAAACAGUGCGUGUACAAAGAGCUUUCGGACCGCUAUCCGGUGUUUGAAGACAGAAAAUGGUAUCUCGAAAAGGAUAUGAUAGUAUGGUCCACCUCCCUCAGCCCGGCAACAUCAACAAUCCUUACAAAAGGUUUCUGA